AGAUAAAGUUUCGUCCCGCCCCGCCGGUAGAAGGUAGUGAAGUUGGGAGUGAUCGCACCAUUCAAUAUUCAUCAAUUACGAACUUCAACUUUCUAAAUCAUCGUUGAAGCAGGGAGUCAUGGAUGCUACUUCGUCUUCGUUUAAGAUAAUUUUGGGAUCAUCUUCAGUGGCACGUAGGAAGAUAUUAUCUGAGAUGGGUUAUGAAUUCACCAUUAUGUCUGCAGAUAUUGAUGAGAAGGCCAUACGCAAAGAAAAGCCGGAAGAGUUGGUUGUGGCUCUUGCAGAAGCAAAGGCUGAUGCCAUCAUAUCCAAUUUACAAAACAUUGAUACACAUGAAAAGGAAGCAGAACAAACAGUUUUGAUUGCUGCCGACACAGCAGAUGCCAUCUUAGGAAGACUUUCCACGGAUGAUUUUAUGAAGGAUGCAGAGCCAACACUGUUGAUUACUUCUGAUCAAGUGGUGAUCUAUGAAGGUGUCAUCAGAGAAAAACCAGCCAGCAAGGAGGAAGCACGACAAUUUUUGAAAGAUUAUUCAGGAGGGCAUGCAGCCACACUUGGAUCUGUACUCGUUACAAACCUCAAAACAGGAUUUAGGAAAGGGGAAUGGGAUCGAGUAGAGAUCUUUUUCAAUGAAAUACCCGAUGAAGUCAUCGACAAGCUGGUCGAGGAGGGGACUGUGCUCUAUGUCGCUGGAGGGCUGAUUAUCGAGCAUCCUUUGAUUUUACCCUAUGUGAAAGAAGUGGUAGGGACGACGGAUAGUGUGAUGGGUCUUCCCAAGGCUUUGACUGAGAAGCUCUUGAAGGAAGCCAUGUAGGUGAUAUGAAUAAUAUUACAUUUCACCUUUAACUUUUUUUCUAAUCAACAUUUCUUUCCUUUCCAAUGAGAAAGACUCAGCCUAACCUGUCAAUCUAUUAUUCUUGCUUGUGGAAUUCGGUAACACAAAACUAUUAUUUGUAUUAGUAGUUUUCAGCUAAAAAUUUAAGAACAAACUUGUAUGUUGUAUCUCUUGUGAAUUCAUAUUCUCACUUUAUAGUUGAACCACCUGUUGUUGAGAAUUAAGAUCAACUUUUUGUUUA